AUGGCUCCCUAUCUUGACCCAGUAAAUCAAUCGUUUGUCCAUGCUCUUGCCAAGGCGGGGGCACCCCCGCUUCAAGAGCUCCAAUACGACGAGGCGAGAGCAGUACUCGAAGGAUUGCAGCAACACGAGCCGUCUCAAGACGUGCUUCGUGAGAAGAUCGAUGCGCCUGUUGGAAGCAGCGGCACCGUGAAGACCGUCCUCUUCAAGCCCGCAAACGCCAGCACUCCACUUCCGCUCGCUUUCUAUUUUCACGGGGGCGGAUGGAUUCUCGGAAGCCCAAACACCCAUGACAGCCUCGUGAGCGACCUGGUACGCGAGGCUGGGUGUGCUGUUGCUUUUCCGUACUACUCGCCUGCGCCUGAGGCUCAGUUCCCGCAGCAAUUCGACGAAGCUUACGCCGCGGUGGAGUAUUAUGUCAAAAACGGCGCCAAGCACGGCCUGAAAACCGACAAGAUUGCCUUUGCUGGCGAUAGCGCAGGGGGGCACAUGGCCGUUGCAAUGUCAACCCUGGCGGCUCGAAAGAAGUUGCCUGCGGCUGUCAGCUAUCAGGCGCUCUUCUACCCCGUCGCAAACAUACUCGAAGAAAGCGACACAUACUCGACAUUCCAUGACGGGCCGUAUCUUGGCGCCCCUCUCCUGCGAUGGAUGAAGGAUGCUUUCAUACCCAAGGACGAUGAUAGAUUGAGCAUUCUGGCCUCUCCCACUCUGAUGACCAAGGAACAAGCCGCCACUCAGCCACCAACGCUCAUCAUCACUGCGGCCGUCGAUCCGCUCCUCCGAGAGGGCAAAGAGCUUGGGCAUCUGCUCCAGCAGGCUGGCGUGGAAGUGGCGAUUCUCGAGGCAGACGGUCAGAUCCAUGAUUUUGUGAUGCUGGAGCCCGUCAGGAAGAGCGCGACGGCCGUGGCCUGUGUUGCUCUGGCGGCUUCGGGGAUCAGGAAGGCGCUUUCUUAA